AUGACGAUGAGGUUCACAUUGAGAGAAUAUCAUAAAAACGAAACUCACACAUCAAUGGUGCCAUCGGUGGCCUCUAGACAACGCCACAUGCUAAUUUUGCAUAAGAAUUGUAAGAUUAUAUCAUUACAACAUUCUGUUUUAUGUCUAUUGAGUUUCAGUGAUUCUUUUAUUCUCGCGGAAGUAACUGCCUUGUUAAGUGAUAACGUCACGUAUCAAGACAGAAUUUUUUGUGUUUAUUUAUCUAUUAUCUACUUGAAUUAA